CUGUUAAAGUAUCGAAGCGAAUAUGUUAAAUUGGUGGUCGUUGGUGUUUAUGGUGUUAUUAGCUGUAUCGAACUGUCAAGAUCUCACGUAUACAGUAAUGGAAGGUGAAAAACCAGGAACUUACCUUGGAAAUAUAGCUUUUGAUACGAGUCUCAUGAAAAAUGUUCAGACAGAGGAAAUGAAUCUGAGAUUUAUUCUACUAAAACCAGCACAUUCCACUGAACAUCAACAAUUGUUUAAGGUUAAUGAAAAGACUGGUAAAUUCUACACAGCACAAGUGAUUGAUGCGGAAGCAGUUUGUACACAAGGGUCAGAAUGUUUCCAAAUGGUUGAUGUCAUUGUUCAGGAUGGGGAAGCUCUCUUGAAAAUAUUGAAAAUUAAAAUUAUCAUCGAAGAUAUCAACGAUAACAAACCGAUAUUUCCUCGUAGAAAUAUAAAUUUAUAUUUUUCUGAGGGUGGGAGCGGAAUGAGAAAAUCAAUUCCAAAUGCUGUCGACCAAGAUAUUAGUGAAAAAAAUUCAAAGAUAAGUUAUCAUCUUCAAUCAAAGAAUAAUGAAACAUUUUCAUUGAUUGUCACAGAGCGAAUUGAUGGAACAUCAAAAUUAAGCAUCAACGUCAACAAAAAACUUGACCGUGAAGUACGAAGUAGUUACGUUUUAGAAAUCAUUGCACAAGAUGGCGGCCAACCGCCUUUACAGACACAAUUGAAUGUCAAUAUUUCAGUGACAGAUGUAAAUGAUAAUGCACCUGUAUUCAUGCAAGAUGUCUAUAAUGUGACAAUCAAAAAUGAGUUAAAUGAACAGGCACCCAUAAUCACGGUGUCUGCAACUGAUGCAGAUAAAGACGAAAAUGGCAAAGUGUCUUAUCGAUUUAGUUCAAGAACAUCAGAAAUAACGCUUUCUCAUUUUCAAUUGAAUGAAACUACUGGAGAAAUAUUUUUCCGUCGGAUAUUUUCUUCAAGUGAAAAAUAUAUGCAUUUGUUUAUCGAAGCUUAUGAUGGGGCCAACCCGCCUUUAAGUGUUAUAGGAAUGGUACAAGUUAAUAUACAAUACACAACGAACAAUCCACCAGAAAUAAGGAUUAAUUUUGUAUCUUCUGUAACACCAAACACUGCAAUAGUCAGCGAGGCUAUAAGUGAAGGCAGUUUUAUUGCUUACGUUCAAGUUUUUGACCAUGAUGUGGGAAAUAACGGACAAGUCAGUUGUAAUUUAAGACACGAUCAUUUCCAACUUCAGAGCCUCGGGAAAACAGGAUAUAAAGUUAUCGUAAAGAAAAAAAUUGAUAGGGAAAAAAAAGAUAACUUUAACGUCACUGUCACAUGUCAAGAUAAAGGAACCCCAGCCUUGUUCACGGAUUAUUCCUUCUUAAUUGAAGUAUCAGAUAUCAACGAUAAUGCACCAUUAUUUGAAAAGUCCUCAUACGCCGCUUCUUUCUUUGAAAAUAACGUUAUAGGUUUAUCAAUUGUGAAGGUGUCGGCAUAUGAUAAGGACAAAAGGGAAAAUGCUCAAAUUACUUACUUCCUUCAAUCUGAUUUACCAUUUAGCAUUGGUAAACUGUCGGGUAUUAUAAGAGCAAAAACUUCUUUCGAUCGAGAAGUGAGCUCUUUUCUAACUUUCCCUGUAUUUGCUAAAGAUCAGGGAAAUCCAUCAUUAACUGGCAGCACUACACUUACGGUAUCUAUCCUUGAUGUUAAUGAUAUGUCGCCUAAAUUCACACAGCCAACAUUCGAAUUUUCAACUUACGAAAACCAACAACCAAAUUUUCCUGUUGGGCUUAUAAAUGCUACCGAUGCCGAUCAAGGUUUAAAUAGUCAGCUUACUUAUUCAUUGAUCAGGAACAAAGGCAGCUUUAUUCCUUUUCAAAUUUCUAACGAUGGAUUUCUGUCAGUUGUUCAAGUUCUAGAUCGCGAACUCCAGCCAGAAUAUCGCUUCAAAGUUUUAGUCAACGACAAAGGUUCACCAAGUUUAAACAAUAGCGUUAAUGUCCGCGUAAAAGUCAUUGACGAAAACGAUAACUCACCGGAGUUCGUAUUCCCGAGUGGAAAUAAUUUUAGCAUGACUGUCUAUUAUCAACGUUAUACCAAUAAAGAAAUCAGCAUUGUGCAGGCGCAUGACAAUGAUGUUGGCAAAAAUGCCGUUCUUCGAUACAACAUCAUUGGAGGAAAUGAGAAAAAGUUAUUUGACAUUGAUAAAAUCAAAGGAUCCAUAUAUUUUGCACGUGCUGCAACAGUACAAGACUCCGGUUUGUACAAAUUACAACUUGUAGUAUUCGAUUCUGGUGAGCCUAUGAAUUCAGCCGAGUCUAAUCUUUCAUUGAGCAUUAUUGUAAACAAUGAUACUGCAUCAAUCAACAAAGGUUUUGAACAUCACACGGGCAUCAUGCUACAGCACAAUCUCCUAAUUGUUAUUGUGUUAACGGUUAUUACGGUAUCAGUGGCUGUUAUCGUCAUAACCACUAUUUGUGUCAUUCGACGAAAUGACAUUCGAAAUGCGACGACGAAUACACAAGUUUCGAAUAACAGCGACCAUUCCCAGACUUUAUCAAAACAGUUUACUUUCAAUUCGGAUCCCUCUUUGAGGGUACCAAAGGGCAAUGGUCGACGAAAUCGGUGUGGAUAUAACUAUUCUACGGUGCCAGAGGAUCUUGGUCUUGGAUGUAACACUUCAGCUAUUUCAGAAAACUCUAAUCACUCAACGGGAGUCAAUAAAGCACAGGUUACUUUCCAGAAUGUUGUCGCUGCAACAAAUAGAUCUGUACAUGACUGUAUGAGUGAUAUAUCAACUGGUUCAUCAAACAAUGACAGUGGCCGAGGAUGGAGUGAUGCAGAUGCUGGAACUGUGCAAGAACUGCAGAGUAUGGCUGAAAACGUCACCCCAUCAUCACAGUGUGCAAUACCAUUAUUAAACUGUCGUCAAAAAAGUAAUACAGUUCCUGUUUCAUUCACAUCUCGAGAAAAUGGUUUCAAACCGAACCAAAGGAGUUCCUUCAAACCGAAUUCUUCAUCGCAAAAUUCCCCCAUGAAUAAUUUAAGAUCUAACCAUCACUCUCUGUCAAUGUAUCCCAAAAUACAACAACAAGAAAGCACUUACCAAAAAAGUCCUUACUCUACCUCACAGCAAGUCCAGCCUCCUCAUACGCCAUACUCACUUGUUGCCAUUCCUAUCAGAACAAUUCCAAACAAACUGCAUUACUCAUUAGUACAACCGCAAUUAAUGCCAAAACAACAAGUGGUAAGUUGUGGCGCUAAUUUAUCUCAAGCUGAGACUUCAUUUUGUGAAAACCAAAGUUCUUCAUCAACUGAUAGCUGUCAUUUGUUAGAUGAUAUAAAAAAACAUUCAUAUAGUGAUCGCAGCAAUUUCAUACUAAAGGAUGUCAUUGUAUGAAUGAAGACACUGCUGUUGAUUUCUGUUGUAUUGUAAUUUGGUGAUAAUUUUGCAAUAUAAAUGUCGAACUGUGCCAUAAAUGUACAGAGUUUACUCUACGAAGGCUGUUAUUUUCUGUGUGAACCAAACAAGUGGCUGUGGCAGUUUCCUGUCACCAAUAAACAAUGGAUUUGCUAUUCAGAAAAUUUGCUCACUUCAAUAACUGGACCAUUUUCAGAAGAAGAAAAAAAAAAUUAGUAAUAAAAUUAUACUGAGGUACAUGGAUUGAGAUGAUUUCAUGCUGCUGUUUGGAUACAGACAAUUUGGCAUGGCUGAUUGGAUGUUCAGCCUGUUUUGGUGACAGAACUUUUUUUGGUGGUGGAAGCAAACACGGACAUGUGUGCACAUCUACAGAAAUAUACACAUAGAGAAAGGGUGAGAGGGAGAGGAAGAGAGAGAGAGAGAGAGAUUACAGUUUAUUAACUGGACAUGAUUAACAUAAAGGCUUUCCCUCUCAUAUACAUAAAUAGAAAUAUGCUCACACACAUAAACACAGAGAGAGAGAGAGAGAGAGAGAGAGAAAGAGAGAGUGGGAGAGAGGGAAAGAGAGAGAGAUUCAUUCAAUUUAUUACUUGAACACAAUUGACACAAACCUUUUCCCUCUCCUCAUACACAUAAAAAAAAAUAUCCCCAUACACAUUAACAGAGAGGAAGGGAAAAAGAUGAAGGUGAGAGAGGAGAGAAUGAAAGAAACUUUAAAAUGAGUGAAACAUUAAAAUGUUUGAUGUCAGGUAAGUCUGCUCUGAAUCAGCAACACCAAAUAAGCAAGGCCAAAUUGGCUGUGGCAAAACGUAUCUUUUGAGUUAUUCUUCAAAGUAUCCAGGCUCCUUAAGAAUCUUUGAUGAGGUAUUUUGAACUUGGCAGGGCCUAUCUCCAUAUUUAAGUAACCCUUUCUAAUUAUGCAGGCAUAUACUCCUAAAUAAACAACCUCUUACAACCUGGAGAAAUUAAUGUUUCAUUGGAAUUCCAUGAUGUUGAAAAUAAUUUGAAAUGAAAGAAGAACAGUCAUGUUCAAAACAAAAAAAACAAAUCACUUCCUAAAAAUGGGGAAAAACCAUACAAGGCUACCAGUGACUGGAAAAUAUUAAGGAUCUUUGUACAGAGUAGAAAAAGCAAAAGUAGAUAAGUUUCAAUACUAAUUUUCCGGAGACUGAUAGUCCAGAACCAUUUAUAAUUUGCAUUAAUUUAUGAACAGGAUUUCCAAAUUUCUGCUGGUGCCAGGCUAGUUUACUGGGCGGCCCUGUUUCUCAGUACUUUGAUGAACAGUAUUAAUAAACUUAUUUUUUAACAAGCUCUCUGGCUUAUCGCAGCAACAACACCUGUUAUGAUGUUGUUUUUCUAUAUAUUGCUGGCAGGGAUAUGAAUCACUACUAUUUCUAGCAGUCAAGCACCCAUCACUGAUGAGACCAAAGAAGGUCGAAAUCACAUGAUCUGGUGGUCUUGGCACUGGUGAGGGGGGAUUUAUCUCCCUGCUAGCAGUAUAAACAAGUGUGUAUUUUGCCCCAAAAGCCAAUAUGAGAGUUUCUCUUAUGUCGUCUACCACAGUAUAUUUUGUUCUAACAGUAUCCCCAUUUAAAUGUGGAUGUUCUCAUCAUCAUCAUCAUCAUCAUCGUUUAAAGCGGACGUUAAACGAUGAUGAUGAUGAUGAUGAUGAGAACAUCCACAUUUAAAUGGGGAUAAAUACCACUUCUCUGUAUUAAUACUGUCUCUGUUGCAAAUAUAUUUUUAUAUUAAGGUACAGGUACUUGUAUUUCAUUUAACUCUUAAAGUAAAUUAAAUAUUUGCUUAAUUCAGAGGUGACCACUCCUGGUUUGGAAAACUCAGGGAGAGAUUUGGAACCAAUGGUUCUGGAAAAUUGGUGUUCGGUCCAUCUUCAUUACUCUUAAAUUUAAAAUUCUAACUUCCACACCCUUCCGUGAUUUAGGAUUGAUCUAGAAGUGAUUAUCUCCCUUACAGUAACUGCUGACCAGGCACUGCAUGUUCAGACUAUUGAUAAUAUUGCAUAAAACAGAGGCGGUUAGCUGGCAGAAACAUUGGCACACCGGGCGAAAUGCUUAGUGGUAUUUCAUCUGUCUUUACAUUCUGAGUUCAAAUUCUGCUGAGGUCGACUUUGCUUUUCAUCCUUUUGGGGUUGAUAAAUUAAGUACCAGUUGUGUACUAGAGUUGAUCUAAUCAACUGGCCCCCUCCCCCAAAAUUCUGGGCCUUGUGCCAAGAGUAGAAAAGAAUAAAUAUAUAUAUAUAUAUGGGGAGGGGGCCAGGCGUGCUGGCAGGAACAUUAGCCCACCGGGUGAAAUGCUUAGCAGAAUUUUGUCUGUCUUUAUGUUCUGAGUUCAAAUUCUUUUAAUGCCCAGACACUUUCCACCGAGGUUGACUUUGCCUUUCAUCCUUUUGGAGGGGAUAAAUUAAGUACCAGUUGCGUAUUGGGGUUGAUCUAAUCGACUGGCCCCCACUCCCCCCAAAUUUCGAGCCUUAUGCCGAUGGUAGAAAAGAAUCUUUGCAUAAAACAACAAUUGUUUUGUUUUUGUUAGAUCUUUUAUAGAAUCCUACUUAGGUCCAUUUAUGCUGAAGUUCUUUGGACACAAGAAUGACUGAGGAAGCAUUGUAACAUAAUUUGCAAUAUUAUCUUAUGAAAUUAUAAGUAAAAAAAACUUGAUGAGAUCAGGUCUCGGGACUUCACAGACAACACAUCAGGCCUCAAAAGCAAGAUAGUAGAGGACCAAAAUGAAUGGCAAUCUGGGAAACUUCCAGAUCCAUUCGCCCGCAAACCAACAUGGAAAAAUAGGCAGUGCGAUGGUUAUAUAUAUAUUUUGCCUUUUAUUUUUUACUUGUUUCGGUCUUUGGACUGUAACCAUGCUGGAGCACUACCAUGAAGAAUUUUAGUGGACCGAAUCGACCCCAGUUCAUAUAUUUUAAGUCUGGUCCUUAUUCUGUCAGUCUCUAUUGCCAAAGUGGUAAUUUACAGGGAUGUAAACAAAGUAGUGCUAAUUGUCAAGGGGUGACAGGGGACAAACGCAAAACAGGAAUAGACACACACACUCAUAAUACACAAUGGGCUUCCAUACAGUUUCCAUCAACCAAAUUCACUCACAAGGCAUUGGUCAGCCCAGGGCUGUGGUAGAAGACACUUGUCCAAAGUGCUAUAUAGUGGGACUGAACCUGAAACCAUGUGGUUGCAAAGCAACCUUCAUACAUGUGUUUGUAUUAUACACACACACACACACACGCAUAAAGUAGGCAAAGAUAGAGAGAGAGCAAGAUAAUGACAGUAAUCAAAAGAUAUACAAAGCACAUUUCUUUUUCCAAAUUGGGCCUUUGUCAGUAAGGCAUCCAAGCGAGAUUGUUGUCAGUGCUGAUGGACUGGCUCCUGUGCAGGUGGCACGUAAAAUACACCAUUUCGAGUGUGGCCGUUGCCAGUACCCGCUUGACUGGCCCUCGUGCCAGUGGCACGUAAAAGCACCCACUACACUCUCGGAGUGGUUGGCGUUAGGAAGGGCAUCCAGCUGUAGAAGCUCUGCCAAAUCAGAUUGGAGCCUGGUGUCGCCUCCUGGUCCACCAGUCGUCAGUCAAAUCGUCCAACCCAUGCUAGCAUGGAAAGCGGACGUUAAACGAUGAUGAUGAUGAUGAUGAUGAUAAAAUGAAAACAUUGAUUCUCUUUUGUUGUCAUUGUUAUGCAAAACAGAAGGGGAAAGAUACUCAGCCAUAAUUUGAAUGUUUUUAAGGCUUUUUUUGUCUAAAUCCUCCAUCUUGUUUUUUUUUGUCUCUAAUUUCUUCUUUUACCCACUCUGUGUAUAUAUAUAUUUCUGUCUUUGUCACUGUUCUACUUCACUCAUUUACUCCCCCCCCCACACUUUUUCCUGAUUAAUUUUACGUACACAAACACACUAAACUCUCCACUUAUCACACGAGAAAUACUCAUGGGUGGAAUAUACCCUUGACAAAUGUAAAUAAAACCGAUUUAUGCUUCAAGAAACUCGCCUCCCCCCACAGCCAUCCGAGGAUGUCUUAACUAAUACCUACCCAAUCUAUACAUAUUAUAAUUUCUAUCAAUGAUGUGUGAGAAUUUUGAAUAAAAAGAUACUUUUCUAA